AUGUACCUAAAUUCAUGGAGAAACGACGCCCCGCUACCUGCCUGGCCAGCCACGCGCAGCAUGCACUAUCUUCAUCACCUCAUGCCAGCAUCAAUGGCGUCGUACCUCCCUAUCCACUGCGGCGAGUCUACGGACACAGAGGCUGACGAUGACUCGAAGCAGUCGUUCUUGCACGAUGAACGAGGGACUCCUGUGGAGUCAUUAGUUCUCAUUCGGUCGAGGUGGCUGGAAUGGAUAAAAUUGAGCAUCUCCGUCGUCGCGACGAUCUGUGCAAGUUGGGGAUACAUGACCUCUGCUGGAAUCACGAGGCCGCGCGAUACUCGAGGUCUCCUCAAGCCGAACCAGUACCCCGGUGUCGAUGAGUUCGCAGUGGACCUCGCGCACGCUGCUGUUUCUGUGCAGGUGAUACCUGCCCGUCGCUUACGAGCCUCAAGGAGCUGUCAUGUCGCCAAUCAAGUCGCAUGA